CGCCGCUCCUGCGUCACUGUAUCCGUGCAGCUUGUUUAUCCUCCGCCGGGAUCGGGCAGGUCUGUUGUCUACCUAGUUCUGUGUGUAUUACAUAGAUAUAGUCGGGGUUACACAGCGGCGGGGCGGGGGCGCCGAGACUUUUGAAAAUGUCUGGCAUUUUUGAAUCUUUACGCUGUUCAGAGUGCGUAGACUGGGGUGAAAAGAGGAACGCUAUUGCAUCAGUUGCAGCUGGAGUUCUUUUUUUCACAGGUUGGUGGAUCAUCAUUGAUGCUGCAGUUAAAUAUCCUUCUGAAACAGACCUGAAUCACUCAUACCAUGCCUGCGGGGUUAUAGCUACUGUAGCUUUUUUAAUGAUAAAUGCAGUGUCCAAUGGCCAGGUUCGUGGUGACAGCUAUAGCGAGGGAUGUACGGGACAAACAGGUGCUCGAAUUUGGCUUUUCCUAGGUUUUAUGUUGGCCUUUGGCUCUCUGAUUGCUUCCAUGUGGAUAUUGUUCGGCGGUUAUGUGGCCCAAAAUGCUGCUGUGGUGUAUCCCGGGAUUGCUGUGUUUUUUCAAAAUGCUUUUAUAUUUUUCGGGGGGCUGGUUUUCAAGUUUGGUCGGACUGAAGAUUUAUGGCAAUAAAGAACACCCACACAUUACAUCGCUUUGCACAUUCCCAUAUGACUUUUUUCAGACCCCAACCUCUUUGCUACUAUGAAUGUUGGACGAAUACUUGUAUUGUAAGCUGUUAUUAACUUUAUACAAGUCCUUGCACUUUUAGUUUUAACACAAAUACUCUGUGGUUUCUAUGUAUGGAUUUUGUAAGAAUAAAUAAAGUGUUUAAUAAAAGCCAGUACUGGUGUUUAAA